GGCCAUCAUUCUCUCUUUACCCUAGCUCUGAAUUACUCUCGUAUUCUGCCUCCCCAUGUCACUUCAUCAUCUUCAUCAUGUCGGUGCCCGAGUCUCCAAAGCGCCGGCAACUACGGAAGGCGCUACGUGCCCUUACAAACCAUGUUGCAGGGCUCAAGGAGCAUGAAUUUGAUGUAAAUCAAGCGAAGGCACAAAAUAUCCACAUCCUACCGAUGGAUCUAGACCAACAGUCCCCGUCCAGGCCGACCUUUUUUGCAUCACGCUCUCCCGACCUAUUGUUUAGUCCCGAUGACUCUUAUGACCAUAGAACACCCCCAGGUUUUUGUAACCUUGAUUCAAUCCCCCGAAAGUUUCGGGAACCCAGGGACGGUGCACGUAACAUACUGGAAUACUUCCACCAUUAUGUUUAUGCCUGCGCUUUGUUCAGUAAAGAUUGGGUUCUCAAUGAGCCAUGGUGUCCUGUGAGCCUUGGUGAUGUGCCCUUUGUGAACCUGAAUGACCAUAGCUCUCCUGAGUUUGUAACAUCAAACGCUUGUCAGGUUAAGGAUGGUCCAUAUCCACACCUCAAAGCCAUGGUUUAUAAUAAUCUGGACGGUGCCGACGAUAUUAUUCUGCGAGGAGAGGUAACGAUAGCCCUGCGCUUGAUCAUUGCGCAAAUGAGGCGAAAUCGCUUCAUCGAGCACAUGACUGCACCGGUUCUUCUUUUUUCCUUUAUGGGACCCCAGCAGGUUCGGCUGGUCGAAGCAUAUUUCAACGGUAGUUCCGUGGUAGUACGCCCAUCCCGGCUUUUUGAUCUUCGCACAAAGAACGAGGCUGUUCUUAAAGAGUUGGGUCAGUGGUUCUUCGGGCCGCCGAUUGGGAACACCAAGGAAUGCCCCUAGUCGUAUUUCUAGCCUUUUCUCCAAGUAUGGUUUGUGUUUAUGGUGGCGCGUAUUGGGGUCUGACUCUUAGGUUGGUUUAGGCGUUCCUGUGUUUUCCUAUUCCUUCUAGUUUUGCUUUUAAUUUCAGGUCAUUUCGACUAUUCCGUCUGUAAUGU